UCGUCGUAGAGUAAGCAUAUUCGUCGACCGGACUUUUGCUGUCCAGGCGUCUAAAAAUGCGAUCCUUCUGCUCGUUUCUGCUUCUGCUGGUGAUUACAAUCACCACAGCAGAGAUUUAUUUUGAAGAAAAAUUUCUUGAUGAUUCUUGGGAAAAAAAUUGGAUUUACUCUGAACAUCCUGGGAAAGAAUUUGGGAAAUUUGUUUUGAGCCAUGGAAAAUUCUGGAAUGACCCAGAAAAUGACAAAGGUAUCCAAACAUCUCAAGAUGCCAGAUUCUAUGCUCUAAGCAGAAAAUUCAAACCAUUCAGCAAUAAAGAUAAAACACUUGUUAUUCAGUUUACUGUUAAACAUGAGCAAAAUAUUGAUUGUGGUGGUGGAUAUGUAAAAGUAUUUGACUGUUCAUUGGAUCAGAAAGAUAUGCAUGGUGAAAGUCCUUACCAGAUUAUGUUCGGACCUGAUAUUUGUGGACCAGGAACAAAGAAGGUUCAUGUGAUCUUUAGUUACAAGGGCAAAAACCUUUUAAUCAAUAAAGAUAUCCGCUGUAAAGAUGACAUUUAUACUCACUUAUACACUCUAAUUGUUAAACCUGAUAACACAUACAAGGUUUUAAUUGAUAAUGAAGAAGUAGAGUCUGGUGAAUUGGAAACAGAUUGGGAUUUCCUUCCACCAAAGAAGAUUAAAGAUCCUUCCAAAAGUAAACCUGAUGAUUGGGAUGACAAACCUACUAUCCCUGAUCCCGAUGACAAGAAGCCAGAUGACUGGGACAAACCUCAGCUCAUUCCUGAUCCCGAAGCUACUAAACCAGAAGAUUGGGAUGAUGAUAUGGAUGGAGAAUGGGAAGCUCCAAUAAUCAAUAAUCCCGAAUAUAAGGGUGACUGGAAACCACAAGAAAUCGACAAUCCUAACUACAAAGGACCUUGGAUCCAUCCAGAGAUUGAUAACCCUGAAUAUAUUCCUGAUCCUGAAUUGUAUAAAAGGGAUGAAUUUUGCGCCAUUGGCUUUGAUCUCUGGCAAGUGAAAGCUGGAACAAUUUUCGACAACGUCCUAAUCACAGAUGAUCCCGAAGUUGCCCGUAAAUUCGGUGAAGAAGUUUGGAAACCCACUCUAGAAGGUGAGAAAAAGAUGAAGGAAGCUCAAGAUGAAGAGGAAAGAAAACAAAGACAAAAGGAGAGUAAAGAGAAUGAAGAUAACAAAGAUGAUGAUGAAGAUGAGGAUGCAGAUGAAGAGGACAAUAGUGUCCCUGAUGCUGAAGAACACGAUGAAUUGUAAAUAAUGUGUUGUAAUUGACACGAACACAGACUGUAUUCCAGGAGCUGUGUGGCCGUGACACGCAAUAACUUCCCACGAAAAAUGCAAAAAAUUAUAACAAAAAAAGGAAAACUAACCAUUGUCAUUAAACAAAUGGACAUCAUUCGAUCGGAUGAAAGUCUACGAAAAAAAUAGAUACCUAUUAAAUUUGUGGAAAAUUUCAAAAUCA